AUGGGCGCAGACAGUCGGGUCAUCCCGCUACGCGUCACGAAUAAGACAGCGUAUGUCUGGGACGUAGAUGACAUCGCGACCAUUCGCUCCAAGCACCACAUCUGCGGCGUCCUCACUGGUACCCUCCCGCAUCUGUCCCAACAAAAUGUCUUUUUGGGAGUUCCUCUCGUGCUUAUGCCCGAAGAAGCUGUUCUCCUCAUAGAAAUAGGUGCAGCCGUCCUAAUAGACGACCCAACUGCCUACAAGCAACCUACGGUCCCUCAUCUCCAACAUUGGUCGCAAGAACAACAAGACUCGAUCAAGACCCAGCUCGCGCACGCCGAGACGAAGGUGGUCAAAGAAAGCAAGCAAGCUGGGCGUGCCAUGUCUGAGGAGGCGCUGCUCAAGCGGAAGGCGAGGGAGGAGAGGAAGAAGGCGCAAGCUACCGCUAAAGCUGCUGCUGAGGCGGCCGAAGAUGGGGACCCGAGUAUUGUGCUUGCUUCUGCUUCUGGGUCGCCCUCAUCCGCUGCUCCUCCAUCUACAGAGCAGGUCGCGAGAAUAUCGGCCACGCCAGAGCCCACUACACGCCUCCCGGAACAUGCACCAAAAGGGACCUCAUUGCCUUACACAAUUGUAAUUCCGGCAUCUUCCUUGUCUCUGGAAUGGUAUGAUGCGGACGCGUGUACCUAUACCACGAUAGAAUCCGCGAAAGCAGCACGGAUCUGGGACUACCCGUCCAAUCUCUCAGAACGCGCAAGGUGUGGUGUAUUCAAGCACCUAUGGAAGCAAGGCUACUUCAUGGGUGGGGGCAUUAAGUUUGGAGGACAAUACCUUGUCUACCCAGGCGACCCACUGCGUUAUCAUUCCCACUUCACCGCGACAGUCAUCGAAUCACCUGUAGCCUCCCUGCGGCCGAUGGAGAUCGUCGCGCAUGGUCGAUUGGGCACUGCGACGAAAAAGGCACAUCUUUUGUGCGGCUGGGACGAUGAGAAGCAAGAAGCGUCUUACAUCUCCAUUGAAUGGGCAGGUUUCGGCUGA